AUGGAAGAUCGAUCAUCAAGUGCCAAGAGAGUCAAGAAGGAAACAGAGCUGGUCGAGUUUGAUAGGCUGCGAAGCUUUUUCUUCAGAUUGAAUACCAUUUACACGUUUCUGUCCUGUAGAAAGCAUGUUGUGCCCACUUUCGAAACACUGAGAAAGCCUAUAGAGGCUUCAUUGAAAUGGUCUAUAUCAGAGCUUGAUUUUGCCAAGAUUGUGGCGCUGUUACCAAGAGACUGUGUGUUCAAAUACAUCGAUGAGAAUCAAAUCAUUACCGAGACCAAGGUCUUCGAUUUCAAUAACGGUGGAUACCAGCAAAAGGAUAACGAUAUAUUCAAGCUGAAAGACGUAGAGGAUGAGUUUCGUGACGGCCGAUCGACUCAAAUCCUGUUGUUCGAGUUUGUCGAUGGAGUUAUGCGAUAUAGCUGGGUUAACGGUGACCGCAAGAGACAGGUCAAGAUGCCUGAGUAUUCAGCAGAGGAGAUGAAAAAAAUGAUUUCAAAGAGGAAGGUAGCGUUCGAGAACACAGUUGAUAAGUUCAUUGCUGAGCAGAAAUCCCGUGGUGCAGAUCCUAUGGAAGUGUUGAUCAAAAUGGCCCAAGGUUAUCUGCCGAAGAAGAAGGAAUACGAGGACCCGAUAGAGGCGAUGAUGAAAUCGAAAGAGACUAAGGAUGAGAAGUUGGUAGUUGAUGAAGAAACUGGCAUGGGGAGACCUACAAUUGAGGGAAUGCUGAAGAGUUUGCAAAAGAGCGAAAUGUACAAUAAUCAAAUAAAAGAGCAUUUCGUGAUACCGGAGAAGACUGCUACGUUUAAGGAACUGGAUUUCAACCUAUCUCCAGAGGUUUAUCAGGCUUUGGAACAUGAGAGAUUUUAUACUCAUCAGGCGGAGGCCAUAAACGCAAUUCACAACGGCGAAAAUGCCAUCAUCACGACCUCAACUUCGUCAGGUAAAUCGCUGAUAUAUCAGUUGUCGGCAAUUGAUCUCCUGCUGAAGGAUCCCGAGUCCACCUUCAUGUACAUCUUUCCCACAAAAGCCUUGGCUCAGGAUCAAAAGAGGUCGUUUGUUGCUUUGGCGUCCAGGAUACCGGAAUUGUCCGGUAUCGUUGUGGACACCUAUGAUGGAGAUACUGAAGCUGAUAAAAGAGUCUUUAUUCGCAAGAAUGCCCGCAUCAUCUUUACUAAUCCCGAUAUGAUCCAUGCAAGCUUAUUGCCUAACCAUCCAAACUGGCGGCACUUCCUUUACCAUUUAAAACUUGUUGUGGUUGAUGAAUUGCAUACGUACAAAGGCUUGUUCGGAUCCCAUGUUGCACUGGUGAUGAGGCGGCUUCUCAGGUUGUGUCGUUACUUUUAUCAGAAUGAUAAAGUUCAGUUCAUCUCCUGUUCUGCGACGUUAAAACAACCAGUGGACCAUGCAAAAAGAAUGUUUGGAAUUGAAGAUGUCCAUCUCAUUCAUGAAGAUGGUUCCCCUCAGGGAGUGAAGCAUCUAGUCAUAUGGAAUCCACCAACAUUAUCUCAGCACCUCAGAAAGAGGGAAAAUUUCAUUCAGGAAAGUGCCAAGAUAUUGGUUCAGUUGAUAGUCAAGAACGUCCGCACUAUCGCUUUCUGCUUUGUUCGUCGUGUCUGCGAAUUGUUGAUGAAAGAAGUACGCCGUAUUGUAGAGGAAAUGGGUCGGGAGGAUCUCCUGACAGAGGUCAUGUCAUACAGAGGUGGUUAUUCUGCUUCUGAUAGACGUAAGAUCGAAAGAGAGAUGUUCCACGGAAACUUGAGAGCUGUGAUUUCAACGAACGCUUUGGAGCUAGGUAUCGACAUCGGUGGUCUUGAUUGCGUUUUGAUGUGCGGCUUUCCUGUUUCGAUGGCCAAUUUCCACCAGCAAAGUGGUAGAGCCGGUAGAAGAAAUAAGGAUUCCUUGACGCUGGUUGUAGCAAGUGACGCUCCUUUGGACCAACAUUAUGUUGCACAUCCGCAAAUUUUGCUCGAUAGCACAAAUCCUGAUUCUUACCAGGAAUUGAUUCUAGAUUUUGAUAACGUUCUUAUUUUGGAGGGUCAUAUCCAGUGCGCUGCAUUUGAGCUGCCGAUCAAGAUUGAUAGAGACAAGGAGUAUUUCAAAGAACAGCAUCUGACAAAAAUUUGCCGUGAAAGAUUAAACUACAACUCUGAUGGUUAUCAUACGCAUAAUAGGUUUCUACCAUGGCCGGCUAAAUUGGUGUCACUGAGGGGUGGUGAAGAAGACCAAUUCGCUGUGAUUGAUAUAACAAAUGGAAGAAAUAAAGUUAUUGAGGAGGUAGAGACGUCUAGAACCAGUUUCACCUUAUAUGAUGGUGGUAUCUUUAUUCAUCAAGGUUGUCCAUAUUUGGUUAAGGAGUUCAAUCCAGAUGAGCGGUACGCUACUGUACAGCGGGUCAACGUGGACUGGGUGACGAGCCAAAGAGACUUUACUGAUGUCGAUCCAGAGGAAAUUGAACUGAUAAAGUCGUUUGAGACUAGUGAUACACCAGUGUAUUUCGGAAAAAUCAGAAUUACCAUUAUCGUUUUUGGCUUCUUCAAGAUUGACAAAUAUAAAAGAAUUAUGGAUGCGGUAGAGACUCAUAACCCCCCAGUGAUUAUUGACGCGAAGGGCCUAUGGAUUGAUAUCCCCAGGCAAGCUCUAGAACUGUGUGAGGCCAAAAAACUAAGCCUGGCGGGUGGAAUCCAUUCUGCACAACAUGGAAUAAUGGGGCAGCUUCCGAGGUUCGUUGUGGCUGGUGCUGAUGAAAUUCAAACAGAGUGUAAAGCUCCAGAAAAAGAGUUUGCUGAGAGACAGACUAAGCGAAAACGUCCUGCAAGGCUUAUCUUCUACGAUUCCAACGGUGGCCAGUAUGGAUCUGGUUUGUCAAUGAAGGCUUUUGAGCAUAUCGAUGACUUGAUGCUUGGAACUAUUCAACGUCUUGAAGAUUGCCCUUGUGAGGACGGUUGCCCUGAAUGUGUUUUGGCCGGUCAUUGUAAGGAGAACAAUUUUGUUUUCUCCAAGAGAGCUGCCCUCAUUUUAUUACAUUGCAUUAUGGGUCACGAAGUCUCUUCUUUCGCUGAUAGAAUACCAGAUGGCCCCGAAGCUGGCAUGCCCGAGAUCAAGGUUGAGACUGUGGUCCCGGUUUCCAGCCAUGUCAACUUUGCACCUGAUUUCCAGAUUAUCGACGUUAGAAGUAUUGACAAUGGCUUAAACAAGGACGAAAAGAUGGUGAAAUCCGAAGAUGAUUCAUAA